AUGUCCAAUCAGGAAUUAACUGAGAAAGCAGAAGCAUCAUCGUCUAUGACUGUAUUUAGGAGCCGUAAAGGAGUGAAAGGAAAUGUAGCAUCAAGAAGAAAAUGUAUUUCUGAAAUGUCGACUUCCUUAAGCGAUAGUGAAGAUAUGAAUGAGGUAGUCAAAUAUGUUGAUGGAAGAAAGAAAAGAAAGAAUCCGAUGAUACAAUCGACAAUCAACCGGAAAGUUCAGAAAACACUAGAAUCCACAUCGGAUAGUACAUCAUCAUCGGGUGAGGAGGAAUUAGCUCAGAACGAUCCGUUGCGUGUCACGUUUGCAUCGAGUGGGACAGCAGAACGUGCUGGACCAUCAGAUAUGGGUGCAACAGCAGUUAGUGAGAUUGAUACUGAUGUAAAAAGUGAUGCUCAAGCGCAGUUUGAACGGGUACAGCAAAUUUUGAAAGAAGAACGUGAUGAUAAGGUUUAUCGUGGUGCAGCUCUGUAUGGGGCCAAGGAGAAGAAAGAUACGGUUUGGGGGAAUGCUUCAUCAGGGCUUAAUCGAUUUGGACCUAUCAGAGCACCGAAUUUUUUGAGGCAAUCAGUAAGAUGGGAUUUUGCACCGGACAUUUGCAAGGAUUAUAAAGAGACAGGAUUUUGCACUUUUGGAGAUUCAUGUAAAUUUCUACACGAUCGUACCGAUUACAAGCAUGGGUGGGAAAUUGAACGUGAUUAUACUGCUGGUAGGAUGAAAGAGGAUGAUGAUGACAAGUAUCGGAUAAGUAGUGAGGAUGAAGAGGAGAAAGAAAGUGAACUGCCAUUUAAAUGUUUUAUCUGCCGACAGUCAUUUGUAAAUCCUGUCGUUACGAAGUGCAAGCAUUAUUUUUGUGAAAAAUGUGCGCUGGAACAUUUCCAGAAGACAUCGAAAUGCUACAUAUGCGAGCAGAAUACAGUGGGAGUUUUCAAAGUUGCCAAAGAUUUGAUUGCGAAACUGAAAGAGAAUGAGGAAAAGCAAAAAGACGAUUUAAAAAAUGACGUGGAACACGAAAACGAAGAAAUAAGAGAUAAUGAAACGGUUGGAGAUGGUCGACUGAGUUAG